AUGGUAAAAGUUUGUGUGGUUGGUUGUUUGCAUGGAGAGUUAGACUGUGUGUACGCCGACAUUGCAGAAGCCGAACAACAGGGUCAGUUUAAAACUGACCUAGUUUUAUGCUGUGGUGAUUUUCAAGCUGUUCGCAAUCCCAGUGAUUUAACCACAAUGAGCGUUCCUUCCAAGUAUUACCGCAUGGGUGAUUUUUGGAGGUAUUAUGCUGAAGAAAGUAGAGCUCCUGUUUUGACAUUAUUUGUUGGAGGUAAUCAUGAAGCAUCUGGUUAUCUUCAAGAGUUACCAUAUGGUGGUUGGGUUGCUCCAAACAUCUGGUAUAUGGGUUAUGCUAGUGUUGUCCAAUUUUCUGGAUUACGUAUUGCUGGUUUAUCAGGUAUAUACAAACAACAUGAUUAUACCAUGUGUCAUUAUGAACAUCCACCAUACUCAGAAGCAACAAAACGUUCUGUAUAUCAUUUAAGAAACUUAGAAGUUUUCCGACUUGGACAAAUUCGCCGACGUUUAGAUAUAGUGAUGAGUCAUGAUUGGCCUCGAGGGAUAUAUCAUUACGGAAAUUUAAAUCAAUUAACCAGAAGGAAACCUCAUUUUCGUAAUGAAAUCGAGUCAGAUUCAUUAGGCAGUCCACCCGGUGAACAGUUGUUAUGUCGUUUAAAGCCACGGUAUUGGUUUGCAGCUCAUUUGCAUUGUAAAUUUUCAGCGCUUGUUGGACAUUCAGACUCCAAAACUAAUAAAUCACGCAUCACUCACUUUCUAGCUCUUGAUAAGUGUUUACCGAAUCGUCACUACUUACAAUUCUUAGAUAUUGAACCUGAACUGAAGUAUGAUGAAAGUUCAAUUAAUUCCGAUUCUAAUUUAUCUUUAUCUCCACAACUUGGAGAUGAUCCAGUAAUUGUCAGUCUUUCUAAAUUCAAAUCAAACGUCAACGAUUCAGAAAAAGACUUAAAAUUGAAGGAGCCUAAUAACAAUGCUAGUUCAAACGAUGAAAUAAGUACCAACUUAUAUCUUGAUCCCGAAUGGUUAUCUAUUUUGAGGUCAACAAAUCAUUUAAUGUCUACUAGCAAAGUCCCCUGUAUUCUUCCAGAAAAAGAAACAAGCGAACGGUUAGCGAAAUCAUUUUAUUAAUUUUAUUGGUGAUGUAUAUGCUGAUAAUUUACUCAUUAGAUUCCAUUACAGUUCAUUUGCUCAUGCUAUCAUGACACCAACCAAUGACUACUUUCCUUAUUAUGUUCUUAUCUAUAAUAACAAGUAUUCUAGUCAGUUUAGUUCAGCUGUCACUUCGAUAAACAAACGAUGAGUACUUUGAACCUUAUCAGUUAUCAUCUGUAUUCCACUAUAUAUAUAAAGUUCAUUAGUUUUAUUACAUUGGUUAUAAAAAUUUUGCCCAGCGACUCAUCCACCUGUUCUAAAGUCUGUUGUUAACUUAUGAAUUAUUAAACUGUUCACAUGAUAUUAAUGUCCUUUUCAUACUGUUGACGUUAAAUGUGUUGUAAAAUAUUAGAUCAUUAUUUAUGAGUUUUCAUAGGAUGUCAUUACUUAACUAAUCGAUUUGUAACCAACGUUUUUUCAUUCAGCUGUGAUUUUUCCGCUACUGAUGAUGAAAUUCAGGCUUUGUAUGACCCUUUUGGUGGAGAUUUUCAAGUUCCUGACAACUUUGAACGUACUGCUGCAAUUCACAAACCGAAUGAAACUGAUCAUAUGAAUACAAAGACUACGUCUACGCCAAUUAGUUUGGUUCAACAAGCAAAUGCUUUAAAUAAAGAACAACAACUUUUUUCAAAUCCACAAACAGAACUUAUUUGUGCUAUGCUUGAUUUAAUAAACCCUAAUGCACUCUUUCUUGGCAAACAAUCAUACAGUUUGCUAGAAUUAUCAGCACAGUUACAAUCUAAGAAGGAUGAAGAGGAGGAUGACGAUGAAGUUGAGGAAAAUCCAGAAGAAAAUAUUUGUGAAGAUGAUGUGAAAAAUGACGAAAAUCAACUUGAUGUUAAUGAAUAUCCAUUAGAUGUAAACACUAGCUGGAUCACUUCAGACUCAUUCGUCAAAGAGAGUUUUACAGAGUAUGAUCCGAUGAAUAGCACUUUUGUAUCAAAUACUAACCAAUCUAGUCAUAAUCCACUUAGCAAUACAAAUCUUUAUGAUAGUGUUGUAAGUCAAAAUCCUGAAGAAUUGGUAUUAGAUGAUAUUGAAGAUAAUGAUGAUGAGUUUCCCAAUGAGUCUCACUCUUUAAAUGUCUCUCAAUACAACGCUAGUUAUUCUCAGUUCACAGAUUUAAAUAAAUCAGAGCAAGUGUACAUUCCACAACUUUUGCCUGAUUCCUAAUUAUUUAAUCGACAAAAUACGUUAUUUUAUUUUUAAAUUACAUACAGGGUGUUUCUUUAACUUUUUCCGAAAAGUAAUUUCAUAAUUUAUGGGAGAUCCAACUUGUAAAUGUUUUUUAGUCCCUAAAUGUAACAGUUUUGUAUACCUUAAAGCUAAAAUCUCAAUCAUAUUCAUUGUCGUAUGUUGUAAAUGGUGCAAAUAUGUUUUGAACAGAAACUUUGUUGUGUUAUCCUUGGGAGUAUACUAUUCACGGUUUUCAGGAACAGUGUUGCAUUGCAUUUUUGAAAUUCAGCGUCAUUAGUAGGAUUUGCAUUGAUCUUUUAUUCUCUCUUUGCUAGGAAAAGUUACAAGUGUAACAUAAGUUUGUUCACAGGACAUGGUGCGUGAUAUCCAGCAGAUAUGCAGUAGUUACUUUAUGUUUUCAAUAUUGGUGUAUUUGAAAAAAUAGAAUUUAAAAACUUCCGCUAGUUAUUUCAAAUAUGAAAACACAAACAGAUUUGUCGGAAACGGGACAACACAACUGUCGUAAAACUUUCUAUAAUUACCUAGUUGUUCACAAGUAAGCAAUGUUUUAUCAAGUUAGACCAAUACAAGACCAGUCGGAAUUUGCAAUCUGUUCGUAGCUAUGUAAUUAUGGUUGGAUUGUAGGAUUACUUAUUUCACUUAAGUUGAACUGUGAAUAAGUUUUAAGCAACUGUAACGGGAUAUUUCGUAACAGCAAUGUGCAAACAGCCAGUUACCUAACCCACCAGCUUGAUUAGUGACUUCAUAUUCGGUGGAUGGUAGAUGUUGAUAACAUUCUCGUUACUAAGUUGCUGAAUGCAUUUAAACAGCUUUACUGUUUAAUACGUCGUACUACAGCACUUCUCUUGAUCGAUGUUGUGUAUGGUAUUCUUCUAGUCAAAAAUCUCACCUUUUCUUAUUCUCACUAUCUUAGAAAUCAUAUUUUGAUUAUUGUUGCAUAUUUUUGUUCAUAAUAAAUCUUCUUUUCUUCAAGAUUCUAUGAUGUAUUGCAGUAUCACAACGUAUAGGUGACAUGACGGAUGUUUUUGAAAUAUUUUUCUCUUGAGGCACACGAGACUAGUCACGCUAUGCCAGAUCCAGGAUUCACGACCCAGAAUAGUGAACCAGUCUAACACUAGAUAAUACUUUAUUCAACACAGUUACAAGCAGUCACUUUCGGUGAGCCCAGAGUGGAAGUCAAUAGGAAAAAAGGGAAUCACAUUUAAUAGUCAGUGGGUUAAGUGCCUAUUUGUCCACACUCAAUGACCAACUAUCUUUUAUUCUCAAUACCACAUUUCAUCUCUAAGUGUGCAGGUAGCUUUUUGCCCCACAUUCAUUUGGAAAAACUGAUUAGCAUCAUCACACUGAAUCUCUUCCCCCUUUAAGUUGCAUGCAUAUAACUCCUCCCCCAUGAAACAGGUCAAUCUGUCUAGGGAACUUACUCAUCACAAAUAAAACGUUACAUUAUCCAAACGUCACUAAUGCAGAAUUUCAUACCUAUUAUUAUAUGUGAUCUUUUUUAUGCUUUAUGUGAUAUGCAUUUGGUAGGAAGG